AUGGCGCCGUUGACACGACGCCGCUCGGCUCGGCUGGCCAGCAACUCCAAGCCCACCGGAGUCGCCGCCACGCCAGGCCUCGGCUGCCUGGCCGAACAGAUUGAAGAGCAGCCCUCCUCGCCGACGGCGCAGCAGCCGCAGACCCCUGCACAAUCGUCAUCUGCGAAGCCGUCAAAGUCUGAGAUGCGUCCGGGCAAGGCCAGUGGUGCCGUGGCGCCGCCGUCAUCUGCUCUGCGUCUAGGCUUCACCGACAUCGGCGACGCGAGACAGGAGAGCCCCACGACGGCCAAGAGCAACAAGAUCGCCGCAUCGGCGACUCUGAAGGCCGUGUCUCCCGAAGACAACGAGACGCCCUCGAAGAAGCGGUCGCCACUGUCGGCCAUUUCCUCCUUCACGUUCCGUUUUUCGCGACUCAAGGGCAAGCAACCAGCGGAUGCGACGGCCACAGAUGCUGCUUCCGCUGCCAGCCCCAAGAAAGUGACCGGCACGCCCGACCUGGGUCUCAGCGAGGAGGCACGGCGCAUGAUGGAGGAGCUGCGCGAGGAGGCACAGAAAAUCCGUGCGGAUCUCGAGGUGGAGCGGGACCAGGAGAAGGCCCGCGAGGAAGAAGAUGCCGCCAGUGGCCGGAAGAUUGCCAAACCCAAGAGCCGUGCUGGACGCUACAGUGCUGCUCACACAGCCGAGUUUAGCAAGAUGGACUCCAUCGCCAACCACCCGUCUGCUUUCCGCGCUUCGCGUUAUACUCCUGCCAAGUCGACGCCAAGUGCAACGGCAACGGCCGCUACCCCAGCCAUCUCUAGCCAAGCGCGUGGUCUUAAGCGGACCCAAUCCAAGGCCAACUUGGACGAGACGCCUCACCCCAAGACGACGGGUUCGCAUGCCGCACCCAAUCCCGCCAGGGGCAGCGUGUCCAUGUCGACCAAGAAAGCCUACAACCCGCUGUGUGAUAACAACCAGAGCCACGGCGGCAUAGACAGCAAACCGCCCCAGUCUGCCCGCAAGGGCAACCUCUUGUUCCCGUUGCCGAACGACAGUCCACAGCAGCCCCUGUCUGCUACCAAGCGCAUCAAACAAAACAUGGGCGACGACGCGUCAAGCAGCCGCCCUAUGUCGCGUGACGGCAGUUCUCUUCCGCGGCCUGCGGCUGCAUUGGCCAGCAGCCUGUCCAGCAUCAGCCGCUCGCACACGACUGCCUCUCUCCUUACGCCCACUAAGAGUUUCUCACUCGCAAGUGGUACGUCUCUGGGUGCGAGCACGAGCAUGGGGACGAGCGCAACCGCAACCGCAACGGCAACCGCGAACACGAAUGGCGAUGUUCAGCCCAGGACGCCCAGCAAGACGCCUAGCAAAGCGCCUAGCAAAACGCCUCUGCAGCUGUUUUCGGCCCUGAAGAAAUCUGCCACAACCAGCAGCCUACAGUCGUCUGUGCGCACCCCGCCUGCUGCCUCGACGCCUACUGCUGCCCAGGCUGGCAAGACUACCGCGAGCAAGCCAAAGGGCCCCAUGUUCCGUGCUGCCGACCACCUGAAGAAGACGACCGCCGCAACGUCCUCUGCUGUGAAGGUCUCGUCGCAGGCAAACACAGGCGUUACACGGAGCGUGCCCCCCGUCUCCACAUCUUUUGGCCCGACUGCCACGGCGUUCUCAAAGACACCAGCACCUGCUCGGCUCACUGAUCGUGUUGUGCCGGCGCGCGUCCCCAUGACCACACCGCGUCGGAAGCUCGUAAAGCACGUCGCCUUUACUCCCGGCACGCAGCGUGCUGUCAUGUCGGAGAUGUCGCCGUCUCUCUUCCGAUCCAGCAUUCCUCGCUCUGCCUUGAAGUCGUAUACUGGCGGAGCACAUGGCUCGGAAAUGCAGAUCGAUGGCAAGGAUGAGCCCGCCGCGGAGUCGCCCAGUGUGCGUCGCCGCUUUGGCACCACCGUAUACUACCCUGACCUCUCCGGUCAUGAGCUCCUUGGUGAGGCGGCUGCCUCACCUGGCCAGGAGAAGGUACUCUCGCCGCCGACGGCUCUGGCCCCUCCGGCAGCACCACAUCCUUCGGUUCCUGGCACCUUUACGUUCCGCAGCGAUAAGACGAUCAACUUUGGUCCCACAUCACCCGCUGGCUUCGGCUCCUCGCCUGGCCAGGCCAGCGUGCGCCAAGUCCGACACUCGACGUCCGUGCUCCCGAAGAUCCCGGGUAGCUUCCCGGGCGCUAGCCAAGUAGGUGACAUGUUCACUGCUCUGGUAGCUACAGAAGGCACCAACAAAGAGAACACUCGUCCCGUCGCUGUCAGCAUCAUCCCUCACGGAAUCACCAACAAGAAGCGUCAUCGUGUGAGCGAGGCCGAGGAGGCCGAGGAGGAGGCGGCGCAGCGUGCCGCCAAGAAGCGGAAGAACGCCCCCGUUCCCGAAGGCGAGGCUCUUCUCGCUCCCCGCUUGGCUGGCAAGGCUGUUCCUCCUACACAAAGUGGCCGCGUCAUUGCCGGUAUGCGGAGCUCGCCACACAAGAUGUCUCCCCACAAGGUGUCUCCCCAGAAAAUGACGCCGCACAAGACUGUUACCUUUGGUGCCGCAGCCGGUACCAGCAAGACGCCAAUUGCUGGCAAGACGCAGACACCUGGAUCGGUUUCGGUCAAGAAGCGCCCCAUCCUCAGCAUGAGCCGGUUGAACAGCCUCGCGCGGCCGAAGUUGCGGAAGUGA